AGUUCCUUAUCUGUCCAGCCAGAGAAAAUAAAGUUUAACGCAGUGGCGGUGCUUUAGGAGAAACGCUGUUUAUUCGGGAUGUUUUAUUGCUCUUGUUUUCUGUAAAUAUAUACAGUCCAGCUGCUCUGUAAUGACAUUUGCGCGGGUAUUUUAGCUUUAAGGAAGAGUUAACAUUAGUUAAUGUCGCCUGGUACGGCCAUUUUUGUCUGUAAAUCGAGUUUUUGUUUACAUGAAAUUAGCUUGUUUUAACAGUUUCUAUCUUUUGUGACCAUUAAAUGGAUGAACACAAGGAGAACAUUCAAGGAACAAACGCGAAUGUGAAAAUGUCAGAAGAAAAAGAUGAUGAAAAGACGAAACCCUGCAGCAGAAUAUGUCCCAACGACGAAACGGCUCCGGAGACGUCUCAGUCCAACACAGACUUCAGUCACCCGGUUUACAAAGAGAUCGCUCUGGCUAACGGCCACAUCAACCGCAUGUCCAAAGACGAGCUGCGGGUCAAACUGGCGGAGCUGAAGCUCGACACCAGAGGAGUAAAGGACGUGAUGAAGAGGAGGCUGAAGAACCACUACAAGAAGCAGAAGCUGCUGCAGUCAGCGGCGGAGGGAGGGCCCACCGAUACCUACUACGACUACAUCUGCGUGGUGGACUUCGAGGCCACGUGCGAGGAGGAUAAUCCCUCAGACUUCCUGCAUGAGAUCAUCGAGUUCCCCAUGGUCCUCAUCAACACGCACACCUUACAGAUCGUGGACACUUUUCAGGCGUAUGUGAAACCAGAAGUGAACCCGCAGCUAUCCGACUUCUGCGUGAAGCUAACAGGAAUCACACAGGAGACGGUGGAUGGAGCGGAUCCGUUUCCAGAUGUCCUUCGCCGAGUUGUGGAAUGGCUGCAGGAGAGGGAACUCGGGACGAAAUACAAAUACGCCAUGCUGACUGACGGGGCGUGGGACAUGAGCAAGUUCCUCAACAUCCAGUGUCGGAUCAGCCGGAUCCGAUACCCUCAGUUUGCAAAGAAAUGGAUAAAUAUAAGAAAGUCUUACUGCAACUUCUACAAGGUCCCACGCACGCAGACGAAGCUGAGCACCAUGUUGGAAAAGCUCGGCAUGAAAUACGAAGGCCGGCCUCACUGCGGCCUGGACGACUCUCGCAACAUCGCCCGGAUAGCCGUCCGCAUGCUGCAGGACGGCUGCCAGCUGCGCGUCAACGAGCGCAUGCACGGCGGCCAGCUGCUCUCCGUUCCCAGCUCGGCGCCGAUGGAAGGAGCGGCGCCGCCCCGCAACCCCGGCAACAGAGACUAGAGCCAGAAACUUUAAUGAACCAGCCUUAAAACCCGUCUUCACCUGCAUCGCUUACAGAAAGAGAAAAGCACUUUAAUUUGAGCUUAAAGCUGUAAGGAGAGUUUAAUGUUUCAGCUUGUGGAGACUUUGCAUCGAGGAGUUCAGCGAUUUAGGGAGACGAAAAUAAAAUUACAAGAAUAAACUUGUCAGGGAAUAAAGUUGAAAUAAUGGGAGAAUAUUCAUAUUAUGACUUUAUUCUCAUAAUAGUUCAACUUUUUUGUUGAAUUAUUAUGACUUCAUUUUCAAGAAAUGAUUUUAUUCUUAUAUUAUUUUGACUUUUCUCAUAAUAGUAUGACUAUCCUCAAAAAAUGAGUUAUUUUCAUAUUAUUGUGACUUUAUCUUUGAAACAUUACUAUUCUUGUAUUAUGAAUUUAUUCUUGAAAUAUUAUGACUCUUCUCAAAAUACUGACUUUAUUCUCAUUAUUUUGACUCUAUUCUUUUAAUUUUAUUUUGUUUAUUUGUUCUUAGUAAGGCCCAAGUUCUCCGUCGUGGAGGAGGUCUCUCUCUGACGAAAUAUUUUUACAGCAGUUUGUAAAAAUGGGUCAUUCCUGCAGCGUUCUGUAUAGCUGAUGGCUCUAUUUUUUGUUUUCUAUUCCUACAGAAGCAAAUUAAAAUAAAACGAUCAGAAACUGUUCAUAAGCUGUUCUCCCUAAUGUCACGUGCCAUUUAAAUUCAUAACAUCACGUUUUUCCAGGAAAUUGCUUCAUAAAUACAAGAAUUUCACAGAAAUAAUUUAACCAAAUGUCUUGAGCAGCUGGUGAAACGUCUGUCAGUAUUGUCCUUUUGGAGAAUGUGCUUCAUGUUGUCAUGUUAAGAUGUUUUUAUCUCACAGUGCACAAUAUGUUCUGACUGAAUAAAUUUGCAAGGAGGCAAUGA